GGAAGCGGGGCCGUGCGGGCGCGGCGGCGGCGGUGGCGGCGGCGAUGCUGUCGCUGGACUUUCUGGACGAUGUGCGGCGCAUGAACAAGCGGCAGCUCUACUACCAGGUGCUCAACUUCGGCAUGAUCGUGUCCUCCGCCCUCAUGAUCUGGAAGGGGCUCAUGGUGGUGACGGGCAGCGAGAGCCCCAUCGUGGUGGUGCUGAGUGGCAGUAUGGAGCCUGCUUUCCACAGAGGGGAUCUGCUGUUCCUCACCAACCGAAUUGAGGAUCCCAUCAGAGUGGGAGAAAUUGUUGUCUUCAGGAUAGAAGGAAGGGAAAUUCCCAUUGUCCAUCGUGUCCUGAAGAUCCAUGAGAAGCAAAAUGGAGACAUCAAAUUUCUGACAAAGGGAGACAACAAUGCUGUGGAUGACAGAGGGCUCUACAAGCAGGGGCAGCACUGGCUGGAGAAGAAGGAUGUAGUAGGACGAGCAAGAGGAUUUGUGCCCUACAUUGGAAUAGUGACUAUCUUAAUGAACGAUUAUCCAAAAUUUAAGUAUGCAGUGCUCUUUUUACUGGGUUUAUUUGUGCUGGUCCAUCGAGAGUAAUCCCUUGCACUGAACUACUGAAGAUGAAGGUGCCAUGGAAUUUUCUAGAUGAACCUUUAAAGUAGCUGAUGGUCCAGUGUACCAGGAGAAAGAAGAAAGCAUGCAUUUCAAAGCUUCGUGCCAGUUUGGGUUUGUUUUGGUUUUUACUGCUCAAGGGCGAAUGUUUGUCACAGUAUUUCCAAUGGUUUGUCACAUUUUAGCCUUUUUAGUGAAUUUUUAUAUUAAAAAUUUGAGCCAAAGUGUUUAGUGCUUGUACUUUGAAGCUGAGCUUCCUCUCCAAGUGCCUCUGGGACCGUGUGCUCAGUGUGUGCCUGGCAGGGCCAGGUGCCCCCUCCCUUGUGCUCACUGGACUGUCCUCUGGUGACUUGUGGCCAGGACAGCUCUUUUCCAAUUCAGAACUGGAAUAAAGAUUUUGCCUCUUGCCA